AAGGUGUACUGCGAUUGUAUUGAAGCUGCUUACAUAAAUAGCCAUUGAAACGCAUUCUUUACCGAAUGCGAGCACUGAUAUUCUUGUACCUUCUCUGCUACUGCUACGUUCCGUCCAAAGGAAUCAUAGAAUGGAUGACAACUGCAGCACGUGGCUCACUUUUUUGUAAAAAAAAGCCAGUCAGUAAUGCGCAAAUCACAAUCUUCGAUAUUGCACCUCGUGGUCGUCGUCAACGACUUUCUGAAAUAGGACACCCGAACAAAACCGGAUGGUUUGAAAUCGAAGGCGCUGCUAGAAAGUUAUUCAGACCUUUCCUCAUGGUCAAACAUUGGUGCAAUCGAAAGAAAGUAAGAAAAAUCUCUCCCACUAUAUUCUGCAUAGACAUCCCAUCACAUGUACCGUUGAAACGCAUUCUUUACCGAAUGCGAGCACUGAUAUUCUUGUACCUUCUCUGCUACUGCUACGUUCCGUCUAACGGAAUCAUAGAAUGGUUGACAACUGGAGUACGUGGGUUACUCUAUUGUAAAAAAAAACCAGUCAGUCAUGCGCAAAUCAUAGUCUUCGAUAUUGCACCUCGUGGUCGUCGUCAACAACUUUCUGAAAUAGGACACCCGAACAAAACCGGAUGGUUUAAAAUCGAAGGCGCUGCUAGAAAGUUAUUCAGACCUUUCCUCAUGGUCAAACAUUGGUGCAAUCGAAAGAAAGUAGGAAAAAUCUCUCCCACUAUAUUCUGCAUAGACAUCCCAUCACAUGUAGUAAACCAAGAAAAACGUUACUGGACUAUCGGAUUUGAGCUCUCGGAGGAGCGUGAAGGACAAAGAAAGUGUUAAGCCGCACGUAAUAAAUAAG